AUCAUGUAGUCACCUGACCUCCCAGCAUCACGUGACCUGGUACGUCCUUAAAUGUUAAAAGUAAUCAAAAAGGCCUUUCUUAAGUUUUUGACAAUUCCUUAAGGCUGGGUUCACGAGUAAACAGGCAAAGAACCAUGAGUUCUGGAGUUGGCACUCCAGAAGACCUCAAGCAAAGUCCUCAGAGUGCUGCAGAGGACCCGGACUUACAAGACGUUUCUGGAACUGAAUCUUCCAUCUUGUAUCUUCUCCAGGAGGCCACAAAGCUUGCUACACAUUCAAACCAGUACAGUAAAAUGGCAACUGAGGAACUUGUUACCCACUCCAAAGGGGAUAUUGCAUCUUCAACUUUUUUUUCAAAUCAAAACACUCUAAAAGCAGUAUCAGAAACACAGCCUAGCUUAACAGGGUCCUUCUCCCUGCUAAAUAAUGUUCAGACCAGCAGUCCAUGGGAGGUGAUGAGUCUAAUAAACCUUCAGUGUGAGAGGCUGCUGCAUUGUAGACAAACACCUGAAGAAGAUGGAGAUUCUUAUACAUCAAGUGCAACAGAUGAGGCUGAAUGCACAGAUGUCAUGGAAUGCGCUUCGUUUGGUUCAACUGACCCAACUGAGCCCCACAAAUGUGAACUGAGCUCCACAGUGACCUCUAGACAAAUCACAGCUGAGCAUGAUGCCAAGUCUGAUCUCUUUAGCUCUGAGCCACAUGUAAUAGAUGGCACCAUUUCAAAUUCGACUGUAGAUGAACUUAAUGAGGGGGCAAAAAUGAGUGCCAUUGAGGAUCUUGCAGAGCUUAUAUCUAAAAACACAGCAGAUAUCUUUAGCAAUGUUGGCGUAGUAAGUGAAGAAAGCAGUACGUAUUGUCCUAUAGUUGAAACAUCUAUGGACACUAGCCAUCAGCCUCUAUUACAGUUUCCUUUGAACACCCAAGAAGGAGAAACAUCUUGUGCUACAUCCAUGUCAGAGACUACACAAAGCUCAAGCCCUGAGAUAAGCUCUGUUGACUUCACAUCUUCUCUGGUUGAUGAAAAAGAUGACAACUCCAGUAUGUGUUUCUCUUUCAGUUCUUGUGAAAAUUCAGAGCUUCAGAGUUUACCACAGCCACACCAACAAGAUAGUGCUGGCGUCCUUAUAUAUAGAACUGAUUUGAACAAUAAUCUGGAGGAGAAUAAGGAUGACAGUCUCCUGGAGCUGGAGGUGGACCAGGCCACACCUUCUGCUCCACACAGUGGAGACAAUUGUAGGAGAACACCCAGAAAGCAGGCACACCCUGAGCGCAGCCCUGAUCUCCAGAACCCGGAGCUCCAAGGGGUGACCUUCAGCAUGCACACAGAGCUGGACAGAAGCACUGACCAGUGUCGGCUACUUAUCACCUCCAACUACAGUGAGGUGUGCAGGCGAAGCAGGAGAAUCAGACGCAGCAGGUCCAGAUCACUGCAGAGCUUCCAAUGCACCAGCAGCUCAGAAGAAGAGAGUGACCCAGCCAGCCUGUCCAAGAAGAUCUGUGCAUCAUGCUGCACAAGGAAGACUCCUUUAUGGCGUGAUGCAGAGGAUGGGACUCCACUCUGCAAUGCUUGUGGGAUUAGGUAUAAGAAAUACCGUGUGCGCUGUCAGCAGUGUUGGAAUAUUCCCAAAAAGGAAGCCAACUCUAACUCCAAAUGUCUGAAGUGUGGAGAUCUGCUCCAGCUUGCUGCUCAAAACAAACGGGCUGGCUGGUAAGAACUGGUUAUUGCUAAAGAGUUUGUUUGCAGAAUUCUGUCUCUUUCUCCAUGAGGAUCUUUUGUAUUGGGGAUCCUGGAACUGUAGCAAGGUUAUGGAGUCACAUUGGGUCUUCCUUCUAAUCAUUAAGUUGUUGUCCGUUGCUUCUCCAAUGCACUUAUUGGACAACAGUGUGUGAUGAUCAGAUCUAGUCAUUUUCUCCAUUUAAUGCUUUCUUUCUGUGAUUUACAAGAGAUGUUGACAGUUGAUUAGUGGCUGGAAUGGAUCUAGGAAUGUAAACGUGAAUUAGACUGGUCUCAUAAAGCUUCUAAUAAAUUAACGAUACCUAAAAGUAUGUUUAUUAUUCUAUGUAUAUACACAGAAUGUUGUUAUACAUUGUUUUUUUGUGACACGAUGUGAAUCUGGCUGUUCUUUACCUUUUGUCCAAAUGUCAUGAUGAAUGGACCAAUAGAAUUGCUUGGGGAAAAUAGUUUUCCAUUUACAUCCAUUUAGCGUUAAAAAAAAUAUUUAUGGCAUAUUUCUCAUCAAAACGCUUUGUAGUAUGCUGGCUGUAUUGGUGUGACUGAAUUUGCACUUUCUUUAGACUGUAUUUGAUGUGAUGUAUAAAGUCAAUUUAGGCCUUAGGAGUGUAUCAUCUGUUCUUGUGGACAAGUGUUUCUUUCUUUUGUUCUUUAUUAAUUUAUUUAUUCUUUUUCUUUGUCUUUUGGCCUUUUCCUGUGAUCAGUCUUGGUGUGAUCAGUUAUAUUGAUAUAUUUAUUUCCAAAAUGAUUCUGUAAGUUUGGUUAAGAAUUAAAUUGUACUGUUUAAAACUA